UGUGUCUAAAGAGACAUUUUUGCCUUAUUUUGUGUAAACUAAUAAUAUAAACUACAACUGUAAUAAAACUAUAUAAUCUAUGAUAUCAAUUAACAUUCAGACUUAUGCCGUCAGUGUAUUUUCAGGUCUCUAGUGAAUUUAACAAAAAUAACAAGUAUUAUACACACCUUCUGGCCAAGUGUUAUUAUUUGACUAAUAAUGAUUCGAUUAUUUGUAGAUAAAGGUGUUGCAUAUGUUUGGAAUGCCGAUGGUAAGUCAAUUUACUGUUGUGACUUGUUAUUAUUCAUAGAAUUAUGAUUUUCUUGUAAAAUUUUAUUGGUAAUUUUUUUUUCUUUUAGAUUGGUACCUACUUCGAACUGAACACCGUAUUUGUGGUUCUCUAAUUGGUUCCAUUGCAACUUAUCCUCGGCAAAAUGAUUUCUUAGGUUUACCAAUGGCUCUCAUGUCAGAGGAAGCAGCACUACUUGUAGAGAAAGGUGUAUGUGAAUUAUGUGAAUUACCUAAUUUAACUGAAGCACCAUCGGAGGAAGACAAAGCAAACAUCAAGAAUUGUGAGCAAAGAGUAAUAGAGGAGCAAACAGAGGGUUUGAGAAAAAGGAGAAUAGAACAGAUGUCACAAAAGUUAGACAUAAUAGUGGCAGGAAAGAAGCAAAAGUUGUUAUCAAAAGGCAUAACAGAUGGGCAGUUGGACAAGGAGAUGUUAUUGCAAGAAGAAAUUAACAGAUUACCAAAAUUAUCUCCGGCGUAUCUCCUUGUUCAUUUACCUGCAGAACAUUUUAAGCUGUCAGAUACCCGAACAGUUUCUAUAGAUGUUUUGAAGCCUAGUAUUAAAGAUAAGAAUGGUACUUUCCGCUAUUCUGUUUUUAAAGAUUUAUGGGCUAAAGGUCAUCACAUUACAAAUGGUUUGAAGUUCGGUUCAGAUUUUCUGGUAUAUCCAGGUGAUCCUGUUAAAUUUCAUGCUACAUAUAUGAUACGCUGUAUUGAAGACAUAGAAACAUCUUUUCGUCCUGCUAAUUUAGUAGCUUUUGGAAGAUUAUCUGUUGCUGUCAACAAAUUAGCUGUUUUAGCAUUUUAUAAUAGUAGUGAAAAAAUAGAAUAUCAAAGUUUACAGUGGCAUGAUGGUAUAAACAUUUAGUCAUUGUAAUAAAUUAUAAAUAUUUAGUCUCAUAAAU